AUGGAAUCCAUCAAAACAAUCGACGAAUUUCACGAGUUGGUCGAAUGCAAAAAGUACACCAUAUUGUGCUUUGUCGGUUCCAAUGUUUCAUCUGGAUCUGUUGUGGAAGCAACCUACACGCACAUAACUACCGCAAUACCCACUGAAAUGCUAAGCAUAGUCACUAUUAACUUGAAUGAAAACCCCGCUAUCUCCUUGGUUGCCGAUGUUAAGGAAGAGAUGAUGCUCGUUUUUAUGAAUGGGAGGGAGAUAGCAAGACAUCAUGGCAUUGCGCCUGAUCAACUGGAGUACGUGGUAUCAAAAACUUUGUGCGGAUUGGGAGAGGCCAAAGAAGGCUUCGCGCAAGCUAUUUGCUCGAAAAUUUGA